UAGGGCGGGGCUUUCUGCCGAGAAGGAAAACAAUCUCUGACGUCACCGAGGAAGGCCCCGCCCUCAGAGAAGGCCUCACGGGACCCGGAAGGAAGGCCUAGCUGGCUGGAUCAGGCCUUUGGGCCGGGCUUGGCCUGCGUCUUGCUGAAGGGCGAUGGAGCCCGGAGGCCCGGCAGCAGCAGCAGCAGGGUCGCAGUGCGCAGGCGCCGCCCGCAGGCCCCGCUCCCUUGGGACCGCGAGAGCCCCCCUCUGACAGGCGCUUUGUCCCAGUGCCCCGCUGGCUUAGCUUCCGGGUCAUUCUGGGACAUCCAUCCCCGCAGAUUGCCCCGAAGAAACGAAUAGGGCGCCUGUCCCUUUAAGGCCGCUCAGGCUCCCUCUUGAGUGGCGGCAGGUGGCCCCUCCCUCCCUCCCUCCCUCCCUCCAGGUCCACCUGCGCGUCAUGCGCCCGGGCGCGCCGGCGUCGUGUUGCCCUCUGCCUCUGCCUGGGGAAGGGUCCAGCUCCCCGGGACGGAGGCCCGCUUCCUAGAAGGCCUGGGACUGGUGGGCGCCUUCCAGGAACAUUGCGCAACCCGGAGCCAGGCAGCGCCUUGGUCCGGUGGAUGGGCCGCCCGGCGGCAGAGAGGCGGCGCUCCCCCUGGGAUGAGCAGGUGGCCCUCGGGAGAGAGAAACAGACAGAAGAGGACGCCGAGGAGAGAGCCGAGGAGGGGGUCCCCCCUGGCUGCCGUCGAGCGACCCACAGGGUCCGUGGGGGGCCGGAGCCCCAUUCGCCCCCAUGGCUGUGAGCCAGGAACACUAUGGCGACUACCAUCGCCUGCCGGAUUACGAAGACGACUCUCCCCCGGAGGAAGAGGAGGAGCUGCUGAUCCACGUCACGGAGGGGCUGAAGGAUUCCUGGCAUCACAUCAAAAACCUGGACAACUUCUUCACCAAGAUCUACCACUUCCACCAGAAGAACGGCUUCGCCUGCAUGAUGCUCUCCGACGUCUUUGAGCUGGUGCAGUUCCUGUUUGUGGUGGCCUUCACCACCUUCCUGCUCUGCUGCGUGGAGUACGACGUCCUCUUUGCCAACCGGCCCCUCAAUCACACUCAGCUGGACAGGAACAAAGUCACGCUGCCGGACGCCAUCCUGCCCACCGCCCAGUGCACCCAGAGGAUCCGGUCCAGCGGCUGGCUCAUCUUCCUGCUGGCCAUGGCGGCCGUCUUCUGGCUCUACCGCCUGGUCAAGGUGCUCUGCAGCCUCCUGGGCUACUGGGAGAUCCGCGCCUUCUACACCAAGGCCCUCAAGAUCCCCUCGGCGGAGCUGUGCAACUGCAGCUGGCAAGAGGUGCAGUCGCGGCUGAUCUCGCUGCAGCGGGAGCAGCAGAUGUGCGUGCACAAGCGGGAGCUGUCCGAGCUGGACAUCCACCACCGCAUCCUGCGCUUCAAGAACUACCUGGUGGCCCUGGUCAACAAGGGCCUGCUGCCCCUGCGCUUCCGGCUGCCGCUCCUGGGCCGCGGGGUCUUCCUCACGCAGGGCCUCAAGUACAACCUGGAGCUGCUCUUCUUCUGGGGGCCCGGCUCCCUCUUCCAGGGCAAGUGGAACCUGCAGCCCCAGUACAAGCGGGCGGGGGCCCGGCUGGAGCUGGCCCGCCGCCUCUCCCGCGCCAUGCUGCUCCUGGGCCUGGCCAACCUGCUGCUCUGCCCCUUCGUCCUGGUCUGGCAGGGCCUCUACGCCUUCUUCAGCUACACCGAGGUGCUCAAGCGGGAGCCCGGCAGCCUGGGCGCCCGGCGCUGGUCCCUCUACGGCCGCCUCUACCUGCGCCACUUCAACGAGCUGGACCACGAGCUGCAGGCCCGCCUCGGCCGCGGCUACAAGCCGGCCUCCAAGUACAUGAACUCCUUCGCCAGCCCCCUGCUCACCGCCCUGGCCAAGAACGUGGCCUUCUUCGCCGGCUCCAUCCUGGCCGUCCUCAUCGCCCUGACCGUCUACGACGAGGACGUCCUCACCGUCCAGCACAUCCUCACCGCCAUCACCCUCCUCGGCCUCGUCGUCACCGUGGCCAGGUCUUUCAUCCCGGACGAGCAUCUGGUCUGGUGUCCGGAGCAGUUGCUGCAGUGCGUCUUGGCCCAUAUCCACUACAUCCCGGACCACUGGCAAGGCAACGCGCACAAGUCGGAGACACGCGAGGAACUCUCCCAGCUGUUCCAGUACAAGGCCGUGUUCAUCUUGGAGGAGCUGCUGAGCCCCAUUGUGACCCCCUUCCUGCUCAUCUUCCCCCUCCGCGCCCGGGCCCUCGACAUCAUCGACUUCUUCCGCAACUUCUCUGUGGAGGUGGUGGGCGUCGGGGACAUCUGCUCCUUCGCCCAGUUGGACAUCCGCAACCACGGCAACCCCCAGUGGCUCUCCCAGGGCCAGACGGAGGCCUCGGUGCAGCAGCAGGCGGAGAACGGCAAGACGGAGCUCUCCCUGGUCCACUUUGCCAUCUCCAACCCCCGCUGGCAGCCGCCCCCGGAGAGCUCCCUCUUCAUCGGCCACCUCAAGGAGAAGGUGCAGCAGGACGCGGCCCAGGCGCCCCCCGCCCAGCGCCUCCUGGCCGAAGCCCCCCUGGGCGCCUCCUUGCUCUCCGACGAGGGUCUCGGCGCCGUGCCGGAUGCCCUCCUGGCCAGCGUCUUGGCCCACCCGGUCCUCUCAGCGGCCAGCGUGGCCUCCCACUCGGAGCGGCGGCUCUUCGCUCACCCGGGCAGCACAGCCGGGGCGGCCGCCAGUGUCCUGGCCUCCCUCUCCUGCUCACAGCUGCACCGCCGGAGCAGCGCUCCCCCGGCCGAGAACUCGGUCUUCCGCAGCGACAGCACUGUUCUCGGGGGCCGCGUCGCCCCGCCUGAGGCCCGCCAAGGGCCACUAUCCCGCUCCGUGGCGCUGUCUGAGUUUGCCUCGGCCGAGAUGAGCCUCCACGCCAUUUACAUGCACGAGCUCCGGCACCAACAGCACCAUCGGCCCCGAGAGGAAGGGUCUCCCCACAGCCCUCCUCAAGAUUCUGCUGAAGCAGGUGGAGGCACCAGGGCCUCGCAGCACAUGGAUCGGGGCCUGGGGGGCUGGCCGGAAGAGGAGGCGCCUCGGAGCCAGCGGCCAGAGAGAGAGAAGAGCUAGCGCCUGCCGCCGGGGACCGACCUUCCUUCUCUUAGCAAAGUUUCUGGACUGGCCACUCCAUGGUGCUGAGAUGAUUCCUCCUCCGCCAUGAAUGGGGCCGGAAGAUGACCGUCGCGGACAUUGGCCUGGAAGAGGCCUUGGCGGAGUGGCCUCGCUGGCAGUGUGUGCCCGUCUCGCUCGGGGUGAAUAAGCUAUGGGCCGGACUGGGCCCUGCCUGGUGCUACUUGUAUUUAAAGGGUCCCUGCAAUGGACAGAGGAGCCUUGGGAGGAGGCGGGGCUGACCCACUCCCCUGGCUCCGCCCCCACUGCCCCCCCAGCCUGUGCUUCCCCCUGCUGCUAAGUAGGAGCCCAGCCCCCUCCUCCCCCCCCCCCCACAAAGCGGCUCUGAUGGGAGCAUUGGGGAGAUGGAGGGGGGGUUGGGAUGGUGCAUUUCCGUGGGAUGCCGCUCCCAUCUCAGGACAGACAAUAAAUGUUUACAGGUGCGGCCA